AUGCCUUCCGCUCGCACAUUUUCCCAACUCGUUCGACAGGGGUGUCUGCUCUCCGCCGCCGUCUUGCUCGUACUCGCCGUCCAAGUCUCGGCGCAUGACGUCGAGGAAUCGAUAUUCCAGAGGAGUGGACAUCGACUUGUCAAGCGGGCACCCGUCUCGUCGGUUUCUUUCAAGAUUGUCACGACUCGUGAGUACGCUUUGUUUUCUUUAGCUACGUUUCCGACCUACGUUGCCAAUUACCCGGAAUGGGAUAGGAAAACCCUUCUCCUGCAAGCGACGGAAAUGCGCGGACGCGCCGUCAAUAACACACGAAACCCCUUCCAGUCCCUCAGAACGUCAGCCAAUGUAGCCCCCUCAAACUCAAGUUUCGUCUCCACAAAUCGAAGAAGAAGGCCCCAGCUCUGACCGUCCUUCUCGUCGAUCCGACCCUGGUUUCGUCCAAGCUCCGCACGCGCACCGUUAAAUUGGCCGAGAUCAGCAAACUUAGUCCAUAUCAGUCGUUCACGUCAAGGGAUGAUGGAGAGUCAAUCAAAUUCGAUCUGAUGGUUCAGGAAGGUGCUUCCUUCGAGGUGCGUGGUUUGUGACAAGCACAAUCUAGCCUGGCGCCUGCGAAGGCAAAACUUCACUAACUGACGGAUGUCGACUCCCUUCGCUUCGAGCCCCAGGUUUUCGCUUUCUACAAGAACGGAAAUGGCAAAUGGCUCAACAACACCCGCACGGUCGGAGCGUCCAACUCGUCGUCUUGCCUCCCGAGGUGCAAGGCUUCGCAAUUCCGCAACAGGUGUAAGUUUCCGAGCGUCGGCCUCGAUGGCGGAAGGAAGAAGUGUGGCCGGAAACUGACGGGGUUGAAUCGUGGACCUUGCCCUUCUUAGACAACGUCUGCAAGAGCUGUAAGAGUGUCGAUGCCAAUGCGGCCAGUUGCAACGCCACGGCCGCCACGCAUUGGUGAGUCAGGAGUUGGGCUCGGACGGCUCCGGACCAGCGGACCAAUGCUGAAGCUGAUCGAUCUAUUCUGCUUUACGUAGCGCGCCCCUUUACCUUUACCAAGGUCGUUGCUCGGCUUACUGUCCCACCGGAUACUACCAAAACACGACCAGUGCGUGUUCUAUCGUCGUUCAUCCGACUUCCUGCCCCAUAAGCUCAGCCCUAACCUCCCUCCGUAUCGUUUACCCUCUGCUUGGUAACAGGCUUCACGUGCCUUCCCUUCCCUACAUGCGGGGACAACCAGGUACUAAAGCAACCGACCUACGACGGAUGCAAGAAUUGCACCGACCUCUUCGCCAAUGCAACGACUUGCUCGUGGACCAAGCCCACAUCCUGGUGAGUUUUGCCCCUGGCUCUUGGACACGAACUUGAAGGCAAUCCCUUUUUCCUGACACCGCCGACGCUAAUGCCGACCCGCUGCCCAAUCAAACAGCUCGUACGGAAGUCCCGUCAACGGCACUUGCCAAGUCGCCAACUGCGCGAGUACAUUCGUCCUCAAUAAGCAAGGCAGCGCGUGCGUCACCGCGGCGUGCUUGAACAGCGGUCCAUGAUCGAGAAUCGAGGGGUCUCGAGGGCUGGUACAUGUACCACUCGUUUUGAGGUUGAUCGAAUCGAUAUAAAGGUCGAUUGGAUAAGGUAUACCAGCUCUCGCGAACACGCAUAG